AUGCUUUGGAGAUUCCUGCAUUCAUCGUCUUUUCAGAGUUACCUCCACGGUGAGGACCCCUGCUCACUUGUACUUUACUCGGAAAAGUCAGAGAAAUUAUGUGCAGCUAUCUGCGGCAGACUAUUGUCACAUGGAUUCGACAUCAUUCUUGUCGCAAUAAACACGACUCAGCAUAAUGGCCUGAAAAAGCACUUACAAACAGCAUACCCCAGGAAAUAUAUCAAUCACUUUGACGCGCAUACUGAAAGCUCAGAGGAAACAAUACAAUUGGUACUAGACACCACACGGACACGAAAUGUCACUCUGCUCGUCAGCUGUAUCGAUGCGAACGUGUGUUCGCCUUUAGAACGGACCGAGCCGCUUCGACUAGGACCAUCCAUCAACAUCUUCCUUGACAUCCAGAAGCUAGUUAUUCCGCUUCUAACUCGAAAUGAACCAUCUGGGUUGCUGCUAACUGCUGGCACACUGUCACCAACCUUCUCCGCCGGUAGAGAAUUUCUUGAGUCAUAUACCUCCGGACUUUCUCGACAGCUACAGUCUCUAGGACGUGACAAGGUGCACGUCACCCUCAUGGACUAUUAUGGAUCGGAAACGAAAUCACUCGGGAAAGGGACGAUUUUUUCGCCGUCUGUAGACGUACUCGCGGACUCUAUUUUGCAUGCACUUGGCUGA